AUGUCACUCUUGCCCACCCCCCACAAUUUGAUAAGAUCAUCAGAAUACCGCUUCACUCGCGUCACACCAGAUGAUCACAGUGCAACCAUUUGGAUUGUCUCGGUGCUAUCGGUGAUAUACGUUAUCCUGACACUGGCUGUUCGUCUUGGAUACACGAAACGGCGAGCACACGCCCUUGAUGAUAUUGUAAUCACUCUCGCACAUCUGACGGGCUUUGGCAUGUGGGUUUUACUGUUCAAAUCACUCGGGAGUGGACUCGGAAAAACUUUCAGCGUACUCAGUGACAUUGAAAUAUCUCAGGUACAGCAAUCCUUUUUCAAAAGCCGCAUUUUAUUGUAUGCUGCACUUGCCUUGUCAAAAUGCUCAAUGCUCGUUCUGAUCCGCGCUGUGUUCGCACGUAACAUCAAUGUCUCGCGCAUGUCUAUUGGUGGUUUACUUAUUGUCGCGAUGUGGGGUGCGUUUAGCAUGUCAGCAGUCCCGCUACAUUGCCCAGCCGAGCUUGCCAUACCAAAACGCGGGCAAGACCAUUGCGUGGACUUCAUCCCAUGGCUGCAGGCAGUCACUGUUGGUGACAUAAUUACCGAGAUCAUCAUCACAUCACUGCCGAUGCUAGGCCUCUACAACACACAACUACCUCUGAAAAGCAAAGCCGCCGUCAUGCUCGCCUUCUCCACGCGGAUACCCAACAUCGCCAUCUCCCUAUCCUACCUCAUCGCCUCGUCCACUUUCAUGACAAACAACCACCCACCCAUCGCCAUUAUCGCGACCGUAAUCUGGCAAAUCGUCCUCCUAUCCUACAACCUCAUGUCCGCCACCACCCCCCUCCUCCGCGGCUUCACCCAAGGCUUCAAGACAGCAGGAAUGUCGCUCUUCGACAUGCCCAACACUACUAGCGCCGCAGCAAGUGGAGCAACCCAAGACAGUGUUGAGCUGCGACUAGUCCCGCGACCCAAAAUGCUGCCACAGGACCUCGCCAUGUCGAUUAAUCGAACCGUAGUGCUUGGCGGUGAUGCGAAGCCUAAGUCGAGAGCAUGUGCAGGCAGACAUGGGUAUUAUGAUGAGGUAGCUUCGCUGGAUAGUUGUGCGUCAAGAUGCAUCAUGGUGAGGAGGGAGUGGGAGGUCUCGGAUGAGUCGUGA